CGCGCUUUGAUAAAGUUUUUGCCGAGUGUUUUACGAUACUCUUGUAGAAAUAUAUUAUUUUAAGGUUAAAACUGUGGUUGCAACUUCUGUGCAAUAUAGUAUAAAAAAAAAUUAAGUAGAAUGCACAGCGUAGUUAACAGUAAUUUAUUGUCAAUAUCAAGAAAUACAAGUUUUCCAAAUGUUAUUAGAUAUGCACAUCAUUCAUGCAAGAUAUUGGUUAUCGGUGGUGGUACCGGUGGUUGUACAAUGGCUGCGAAACUGUCUAAAACUUUUCACAAGAGCCCAAAUCAUGUGAUAAUUAUUGAGCCAAGCAAAGAUCAUUAUUAUCAACCAUUAUUUACAUUGAUAGGAGGAGGCAUUUCAAAAUUUGAUACCUCUAAGAAAUUAAUGAAAGACGUUCUACCUAAAAAUACCCAAUGGUUGAAAGAUAAGGUUGUGUCGUUCGAACCCGAGGAAAAUAAAGUUAAAACAGAAAACGGAGAUACUGUGCAGUAUGAUGUAAUGAUAGUGGCAAUUGGUUUAGAAUUACAUUGGAAUAAAUUGCCAGGAUUAAUAGAAAGUUUACAAAAUCCGGAGGCUCAAGUUUGCUCCAUAUAUGGGCCAAAUACGGUGGCAAACGUCUUUGAUAAAAUAAAGAAAACAGAGGAAGGCAAUGCCUUAUUUACAUUUCCAAAUACACCGGUAAAAUGUCCUGGAGCUCCUCAAAAAAUUGCUUAUAUAUCUGAACAUUAUUGGACUACUAAUAAGACACGGAAUAAUAUUAAUGUUGUAUAUAAUACAAGUUUACCAGUGAUCUUUGGUGUAAAAGAGUAUGCCAACUCGCUUCUGCAAGUUUGUAAUAAUCGGAAUAUCCAAGUCAAUUUACAUACGAAUCUUAUUGCAAUUAAUCCUGACAAAAAAGAAGCUGUCUUUCAAAAUUUAGAAAAACCAGAAAAUAAGCACAUUGCAAAAUAUUCAUUGCUACAUGUCACUCCACCAAUGGGGCCACCAGACAUAUUGAAAAAACAUGAAACGUUAUCAAACGAAGUAGGUUUUCUUGACAUCCAUCCACAAACAUUGCAGCAUAAUAAGUUCAAAAAUAUUUAUGGUAUCGGUGAUUGUACUAGUACACCCAAUUCCAAGACAAUGGCUGCGAUAGCAUCGCAAAGUAAAGUUUUGUAUGAGAAUAUAAUGGCCAAUUUAUCUGGGCGAGAAAUGAAAAUGUUUUAUAAUGGUUACUCGUCGUGUCCAUUAGUAACAGCGCCUGGAAAGUGUAUUCUCGCUGAAUUUGAUUAUACUUUCACACCGCAAGAAACUUUUCCUAUUAAUCAGAAGAGGGAAUUAUUGUUAAUGUAUUUGUUAAAAAAACAUUUAUUUCCAUUUAUAUAUUGGAAUCUAAUGCUUAAGGGCUUAUGGAACGGACCUGAGAAAUUUAGGAAAAUUUUCACUUUCAUUAAAAGUAAAAACUGCUGAAUUAUAAAAAUGUAAUGUAUU